AUGCAUAAGAGAAAAUACGAACACACUCCAAGCUACAGCACUCCAAGCCAAUCUGUAGCCCGUAGCAGCCGUAGUUCAUCCACACACAACAGCAACAAAGUAACUGUUAUUUAGACUGAUCGAUAUCUCAAUUCUCGCAAGAUCGACUAUGUUCCAGGAUUUAACAUCAGCACAUCUGCAUAUGCUGAUAACGAGUCUUCAAGUCUUUACAGCCACUUGUGCUAUUCAGAUUCCACACUUACUUCCAACGACGCCCCGCUAUUUCGAAGCACUUCUACAACCUGCAUCCCUUCUGCCUCCUAUCGAGCUUUGCCAACCCAGGCAUCCCGAAUUUUGGAUGCUCCAGAUAUCCUUGACGACUACUACUUGAAUGUUUUGGCCUGGUCAGAUUCUAAUCUAUUAGCUGUGGCCUUGCGAAACAGGCUUUACCUCUGAAAUGCUGCUAACGGAAGCGUCAGCCAAUUGCUGGAAUAUCCUGCAGAUAUUAUCACAUCAGUCUCAUGGAUGAAGGGCGGCUCUUGUUUGGCUGUUGGCGACUCAGGACACACAAUAAAGCUGUUCGAUAUUGACAAAUCGUCAGAAAUCCGAAGCAUUUCAGCACAUGCAGAUCGUGUUUCUUCUUUAGCAUGAAACGGUUAUGUUUUAAGCUCAGGAAGUAGGGAUGCGUCUAUAAUCCAGCAUGAUUUAAGGAUCCAAAAUUACUUUGUGAAAAAUCAAGCACAUACCCAAGAAGUGUGUGGGCUGAAAUGAAAUCCUGAAGGCACACAAUUGGCUUCUGGCGGAAAUGAUAAUAAGCUUUGUCUGUGAGAAUUAAGUUCGACUACUCCUCAGUUCACAGCUAAUGAGCACACUGCAGCUGUAAAAGCUUUGGCAUGAUGCCCAUGGAAGGCUAAUUUAUUAGCAACUGGCGGGGGAACAGCUGAUAAACAAAUUAAGUUGUGAAACUCUGUGACGGGAAGCUGCAUCAAAUCUAUUGACUCAGAAAGCCAAGUUUGCGGGUUAGAGUGGAACCAGCAUGAUAAAGAACUGCUGAGCGCUCAUGGAUACUCAAGAAACCAAUUAACGCUAUGAAGAUACCCGGACAUGAAGAAAAUUAAUGAUUUUAUGGGACACUCUGCAAGAAUCCUCUGCCUCGCGCAAAACCCGGAAGGCUCGAUGGUUGUUUCAGCUGGAGCAGACGAAACUUUGAGGUUUUGGUCGAUUUUUGAAAGUUCUAUUGUGAAAACCUCGAAGCCUACAGUAGAAUCUCCAAGCAGAGGAAUGGGAUAUGGGCAGAGAUAA